AUAAGUGUGGUGGUUGGAUUGUGUGUCAGACAGAGUAAAGGAAUACUAGAGUGUAGGACAGAUGGAGAGGGGCACAAUUCCUGUGCCCCACCCCCUGCCCCCACCCCCUCUCUCCCCGGGAUUGGCUGAUGUGAUGGUCGCCGUGCAGGAUCUACAGGAUGUUUGACAGCCCUUCCCAUUGACCCAAGCCCGAGGAUGCUCAUGGUGCCCGUCGGAAGUGGCCAACCUCACCACACCGUGCCUGUGGCCUGCGCCCUCACCUGUUCCUGGCUCCUGCUACUCUUUCAUGCCGCCUUCAGCCAGAAACCUGCCAAGCUGCCCCUGGUGGGCCGCAAGCCCUUCAUCGCUGCCUGGAACGCACCGCUGGACCUGUGCACUGUCAAGUACAAUGUCCACACCAACCUGGAGCAACUCUUCCACAUUAGUGGCAGUCCGCGGGCCGUCCACACUGGCCAGAACGUUACCAUUUUCUACGCCAACCGGCUGGGCCUCUACCCUUUCUACACGGACCACAGCAUCCCUAUCAACGGAGGCCUGCCCCAAAACUGCAACAUGAAUGACCAUCUCCUCAAGGCCUACAGGGAUAUCAACCAUUUUAUCCCCUCGGAGGACUUUGCCGGUCUGGCGGUCAUUGACUGGGAGUACUGGCGCCCACAGUGGAGCCGCAACUGGCACAAGAAAGACAUUUACCGGCGGAAGUCGAGGGAGCUGAUCGCACAGGCCUAUGUCAACGUGACUUCAUCACAAAUCGAAGAGCUGGCGAGCAAACGCUUUGAGAAGAGUGCUCGGGCGUUCAUGCAGAAGACUGUCCAGCUAGGGACGUUGCUUCGCCCCAACGGACUCUGGGGCUUCUACCUCUAUCCGGACUGCCACAACUACAACCUGUAUGAGCACAACUACACAGGCUCCUGCCCUCUGCUGGAGAGCCGGCGUAAUGACGAACUGCUCUGGUUGUGGAACAGCAGCACAGCACUGUUUCCCUCAGUGGCUAUCAGGAAGAGCCAAACAGACAGUGUCAGCAACCUCCAUUUCUCCCAGUUCAGGGUGCUGGAGUCUCUGAGGAUAGCUGGGCUCACCUCACAUGGCUAUGAUCUGCCCACGUUCGUGUACACACGCCUGGGCUACAGAGACGAGGCAAUGGCCUUCCUCACCACGAAAGACUUGAUCCACACCAUUGGGGAGAGUGCUGCUCUUGGUGCUGCUGGUUUUGUGAUCUGGGGAGACCUCAACCUCACCUCAUCCAGACACAACUGCACAAAGGUGAAGUCCUUCCUGAACCAGCGCUUGGGUCAGUACAUCACCAAUGUGACACGGGCUGCAGAGGUCUGCAGUGACUUCCUGUGCCAGAGCAACGGCCGCUGUGUCCGCAGGGACCUCCACGCCCCGUACUACCUCCACCUAAGCGGAGACAGCUACCACAUCCAGCCUUCAGGGGAAGGGGACUUUGUGGUCACUGGCUGGCACUCACAGCACGAGCUCCAACUACUGGCCGAGAGGUUCCGCUGUCACUGCUAUGAGGGACACACCGGGGAGAAGUGUGACAGCCUGAACAAGGUGGUGGAAGAAGAGGAGGAAGAGGAGGGGGGAGAGGGGGAGGAGGAGCAGAGGGAAAGUGCGGCUUCACGAACUGGGAACACCCUUGGCUUGGUGGUGUUGCUCCUCCUAUUGAACUUUAUCCUUAGUGGGGACUGUUGUAUGAUGAUAGCACUUUAAGUGCCAUGUAUUAUUUGCGGUAGUGGAGACAGAGCUUGAAGUCACUUCCAUGGGAACUGCUUUCAUGCAAUGCUUUGUCAUUUUUCAACUGGGGUCCUUCACUAUAAUGGGUAACACUUUACUUGAAGGGUACCACCUUGUCAGCUCAGGGAUUGAAACUAACAACCUUUCAGUUACUGGCCCAAUGCUCUAACUGCUAGGCUACCUGCCACCCUAAAUGCUUAUCCUGUCAUCAAACCUACUUUAUGCUAUCAUUAAGCCUUACUAUAUAUUAGGGUCAAUUUAAACUGUGGGCUGUUUUUUGUCAUUUUGCCAUUAGGCAUGCGCUGCUCCCUUUGCCAGCAACGACAUGUAUUUGCUGAAAGUAAGGUAACAUCCAAACCCUAUUAAUUCACACAAAACACCAUAACUAUUGGUAGUAUUGUAAGUUCUGACAAUUUAAUGAUAUCUGGGACUCUUGCAGUUUCAUCUAGCAAUAAGCUUGGUAAUUCCACAACGCAAAGUGUAUUAUUUUUUUAACUGUACGCUAUCAUUGAAUGCUAAUUAAUUUGAACGGAUUAUCUAAUUUGACUACUGGAGGAACAAUAAAGUUUUAAAAAGUUCCUUGGCACAGUGUAAUUUGAAAAAGCCUUUAACAAAUUGGUGUAUCUACAUGGAAAAGUUUCUGAACCACUUCACGUUCGGGCCCCGUGGCCUUCUACAGGGAGUACUGUUUAGUAGGCAACGUAUAGGAACAUUGUGUAACAGAGGCGCUAUGGAGGUUGCCAGCUGUUUCCUUCCUACGCCUUUUUGCAAACAUUGGUGUUCAAGUUAUCUUUCAACUGGACAUCUCAUCGAUUCACAGGUGUAUGUUCAAAAGAACCCAAAGCCUUACGUAUCACUCUGACAUUGAAGCUCAGGUAGGCAGGGGUUAACACUGAGCAGCAACGGAAGAGACAAGGUAUGUAAUGUCAACACCUUUUGCCUGUCCUCCUUAGUUAGUAGUUUACUGUAGGAGAGUUACAAGGUAUUUUCUUGCAACACCAAAGUGAGUGUCUUCUACCCAGGUUACUCUUGAAAUGUGUGAAAAUGUAAAAUAAUUUUGAUGUACAAUUGUUAUGCUAAACUGGACUGUAAAACCAUUAUGUAUAUAGCCUGUAUGUUAUUUUAAUGUAAAGAACAGAAAUGUUUCAAAUCUUGCCAAUUGUAUUCAUGUUGUUCUUUACCCAUGCACAAUGGCACUGUACAAAUGUACUCCAGAUGUUCUUUCUGUGAAGCACCCAGGGCUAGAGCCAUAAUUGACUUGGCAUCAAUAUAAGGCAUGUCAGCAUUUUGAUAGCCGCCAACAUUUCUUUUUGGAUUGCUUUACUCACUUUUUGUUCAUGUUUUAUGUGUAUGGACAAGUGGCUCAUAUAAGUAGUUCAUACAAUUUAUUUCAUUAUGUCUACUGACUGUGGUUUCACUGUAGACAAAUACAUCUCAGUGUGGAUGAUUUCAUAAUCUCAGCCAUCUCAGCUAAAGUAGCCCUGUUGUGCUUUUGCCUAGACCGCACUUAAGAUUCCAAGAUUGUAAACCAAAUACACAAGGAUUAUAUGCAACAUAUGACAAGUGUUGCUUGAAUGUAGAUGAACUGCAAAAAAAUAAAAAAUAUCUAUCAUUUUGGAUAAAUCAAUUUGUUUCUACAUUCUGCUUCAAAGCCAAGAAAUGUUAUUAAAUGGCAUUAUAUGGAGGCUGAUAUCAAGAAAUAAACAUGGAUGACUAUUUUCCAAUUGACAACAUAUCAAUGAAGAUUCUCCAUUGAGAAUGGUUUUUAAUCAGCCCUUAGUAGCCCUUUAACUGUCCCUUAAAGUGGCCCUGAAUGUGACCCUUAAAGUUUGGAUUCUAUUGCAUGUGUAUUUGGACACAUUCCUUCUCUUACACACGAUGUGUUAGGCUGAUAACUGCAGACAAACACUGAUAUCCUCGGCACACUCAAGAGG